AAUGGGUGGUUUAGGGUUCUGGAUUCCCCUAUUUAUUUAUCCACCUCUAAGGAACCUUCAUUUCUCAUUCUUCUUCUUCUUUUAUCACUGAAAUUCUCCCUCAAGCGUCUUCCUCCCCCAAAGAAAACAAGAUGGGCAAGGGUCCUGGUCUUUACACUGAAAUCGGCAAGAAAGCCAGAGACCUUCUUUACAAGGACUAUCAGACUGACCAAAAGUUCACUCUGACUACUACCUCUCCCACUGGAGUUGCAAUCACCUCCGCUGGAACGAAGAAAGGGGAACUCUUUCUAGCUGAUGUUAACACCCAGCUGAAGAACAAGAAUGUUACAACUGAUAUUAAAGUGGACACCAACUCCAAUCUAUUUACCACCAUAACGGUUGAUGAGCCUGCACCUGGGCUGAAGACAAUCUUUAGCUUUAGAGUCCCUGAUCAGAGGUCUGGAAAGAUUGAACUCCAGUAUUUGCAUGAGUAUUCUGGGAUAAGCUCAAGCAUUGGAUUAACUGCAAACCCAGUAGUUAACUUCUCGGGUGUACUUGGGACAAAUGUUCUUGCAUUCGGUACUGAUAUCUCGUUCGACACAAAGACUGGAAAUUUCACCAAAUGCAAUGCUGGAUUGAGUUUCACCAAUGCGGAUCUCACUGCUUCACUGGCUCUGAACGAAAAGGGUGACUCUGUCAACGCAUCCUACUAUCAUAUUGUGAACCCGUUUACUAACACCGCUGUUGGUGCAGAAGUGACCCAUAGCUUCUCUACCAAUGUGAACACCAUCACUGUGGGAACACAACAUGCAUUGGAUCCAUUGACCACCGUGAAGGCACGGGUGAACAAUGUGGGCAAGGCGGGUGCUCUAAUCCAGCACGAGUGGCGUCCGAAGUCCCUGUUUACAGUUUCUGGAGAGGUGGAUACAAAGUCGAUUGACAAGAGCCCCAAGGUGGGACUUGCUUUGGCACUUAAGCCUUGAGAACUUAUUAUGACAUAAUGAGCUCAUUUUGGUGAAAGAGUAUGGUAGGCUUAAGAAUUUUCUGUUUAUCGACUUUGAUGGUGUUGCCAUCCAAUAUUCCUUUAUGCCAAUGGUUUUUCAUUUUAGAAAAUAAUGAAGUGGAGAAAAAUAGAGGCGAUAUAACUUCU